UGUCACCUGAGAAUUGAGAAUUUUGUUUGGACCUUUCUUUCAGGUGUCUUUUUUUUUACUUUUUCGACAGUGUCAUUCGUGUUUGAGUUUAGAUUUAAUUUGAAUAAGGUUACUUGUACCGUUUCGCGCAGCAUGUGAUCCCCCAAACAAUCUUUUUCCUUGUGAAGUGUGUAGAAACCACUCACAAUGUCAGGAGAGGAGGAGGAGGUUGGAGAGAUGACAUUGGCUGUCCGACAGCUCACAGAAACACUAGAAGAUCUGCUUCAGUAUGGUCGAGACUCAGUGCAGGAAUCGAAGGAGGAGUUUAUCAAUGGGAAGAUAGGAAAGUUGUUUGGAAUGUCUUUUGCCUAUGAGAAGUGCUAUAACAGGUUACAUGUUAGCACAAAGGAGGGGCUUGAAAGGAAGAUCCACAGGUUUUCCCGUGACCGAGAUCUCAGGGAGGCAAGCUCCGACCUGCUAGAUGUUGAGCAAGACUGGGACACAUUUCUCCAGGGUGUAGACAAGUCUCUGGAGGGUAAAACAGAGGACACAGUCCAGGUUGGGGAGACUGGUCCACUCAAUUUUCCCCUGGUAGAUGCCCGUUCUGGGGAGGCAACCAGUCUACAGGAGUAUGUUGGGAAGGGAACCAGUCCGGUACUGAUUCUCUUGAGACAUUUCGCCUGACUUCCCUGACGUAACCAUAUCCAGGAUGUCAUAGCACGCCAGGAUGAGGUUACGUCAAGCGGUGGUUGUGUGAUUGUUGUGUCAUUUGGUCUGCAAGAGGGUGCCAAAAAGUGGUUGGAAGAUACAGCCUGUCCAUUCCCCAUGUUGCUCGACUCGGAGAGAAAGGUCUAUCAUGCAUUUGGUUUGAAAAGAUCAGUAUUCAAGGUUUGGGGUGUGAACUCGCUGGUGUACUACACAGAGGCGAUGGUGGCCGGACGUCCACUGCCCAAACCGUACGAGAACGUCCAUGAUGACACUCAACAGAUGGGAGGAGAUUUCAUCCUAGAUCAAGAGGGUAAUGCAGCGUUUCUGUACCCAAGCAAGACCAACACAGACCGACCCAGUGUCGAUAUGAUAGUUACUGAACUACAGAAAAUCCAGAGUUCUCAGAAGUAGCUUGCCAGUGUUGUCCAGCGCCAGAGAGGGCCUGUAAUGAUGGUUCGUGUUGAAAACUCCAUGUAGACACUUGCCGGACAUCAGGUCUCCUGGGAGGGGAACCAGGCAGCAGCUUCAUCGUCUUGUGAUAAUCAAUGUUUUACUGUAUUAUUAAUCUGUGUGGUGUUUUGUACAACAAAUUGGUUGAGCCAGUGUAACAAGUCUUUUCAAACGUUUCAUGAUGAUUGGAUAUUUUUAUAAAAUAUUUUAAACAUAAUUAUAUACCUCUAUUUAUAAUUAUGUGUUGUGAACAGAGUCCCAUUCUUUGUGCAAAGUUUAACUACUAGUUAUUUGUAAACUUUGGCUGUGUGACUUCCAAGGUGUAUGCAGAAUUACACCUGAGUGUUAUAUGCUUAUUUAUUUGCUCCAGUGUUCUCUCUUAUUCCAUUUCUUAAUGUCUUUCAACACACAUACAUUUUUAAAAAAUAAAUAUUGUAUACACUC